GUUAAAACCGCCCAAUAGCCAAACCGACCACAACACUCGCUGCCCAAUAAGAGCAGCGGUGAUUAUGACAAAGAUUGGAGAUGGGCAGGACUUAGGUAGAUCAGGAAAGAUUGAGAGUUUGGAAGAGAGGAGGGGGUGGAAACUAGUUUAGACACUCACAUCCCUAAAUUAGAGAUGUGUAUUCAAUAACAGCUCCUCCUGCUCUCUCAGGUGGAAUUCUGCGAAGACUUCAAAAUAAAGAAGGUGCGAGAAGUGAAGUGGGUCAAAGAGUAGUUAAAUUGUCCUGGACUGAAUGAAAAUGGAAGUUAGAGUCCUCCCUGCUGUGAAUUGAGUGGAACGUGUUAUUGUUUUCAAGAACGCUAUGGAGGACUUCAACAUUUGUCAGUAAAGGAAAAAGAGAUGCCUGGCCUUAAAAUUGUGAAGUAAAAUAAAUGGAUUAUGGCUUCACCUGUUCUCCCAGCAUGAAAACGGGACAAGAAGUUCACCAUUUUCCACACUGGCCUACAAGUGACUUUGGACCCGAGGCUCUUCUGACCCGUUUUGGAUUUAGUUUAAAUUAUCGAUCAGAACCUAGAUACCUAGAUAUACAUUGCAGGUACAGUCCGUAAAAAAUAUCCUUCUAGCACCACUCAAUACAACUAGAAUAUUUCUUGUUAAAAUGAGUUAGCUAUAAAUCUGUAUUUAUUGUCUUCUGGCGGACCUGUCAGUACAUUGAAGCAGGACAAGGGUCGAAUAGAGGUUAUAUAUUAAAUAAACUGAAAAAAAUGAAGGAAAAGUCCAAAAAUGCUGCCCGGACAAGACGGGAAAAAGAAAACAGUGAAUUCUACGAACUGGCAAAACUGUUGCCUCUGCCAUCAGCCAUCACAUCCCAACUAGACAAAGCGUCUAUAAUAAGGCUCACAACCAGCUACUUAAAGAUGAGAAUCGUUUUUCCCGAAGGACUAGGGGAAGCUUGGGGUCACCCAAGCCGUACAAGUUCUUUGGACAAUGUGGGCCGGGAAUUGGGAUCACAUCUCUUACAGACGUUAGAUGGAUUCAUUUUUGUCGUGGCUCCGGAUGGGAAGAUAAUGUACAUUUCAGAAACUGCGUCAGUGCACUUGGGGUUGUCGCAGGUAGAGCUGACUGGAAAUAGCAUUUAUGAAUAUAUCCACCCCGCUGAUCAUGACGAAAUGACGGCAGUGCUCACAGCCCACCAACCUUAUCAUUCACACUUUGUCCAAGAGUACGAAAUAGAGCGCUCUUUUUUCUUAAGAAUGAAAUGCGUACUAGCGAAAAGAAAUGCGGGACUGACGUGUGGUGGAUACAAGGUAAUUCACUGCAGUGGGUAUCUGAAGAUCCGCCAGUACAGCCUGGACAUGUCUCCGUUUGACGGGUGUUACCAGAAUGUAGGACUGGUGGCUGUUGGCCACUCACUGCCCCCCAGUGCAGUCACGGAAAUCAAACUGCACAGCAACAUGUUCAUGUUCCGAGCCAGCCUUGACAUGAAACUGAUAUUUUUAGAUUCCAGAGUUGCUGAUCUGACAGGUUACGAACCUCAAGAUUUGAUAGAAAAAACCCUCUACCACCAUGUUCAUAGCUGUGAUACCUUUCACUUACGGUGUGCUCAUCAUCUGUUACUUGUAAAAGGACAAGUCACUACAAAAUACUACAGAUUUCUUGCCAAACAUGGAGGAUGGGUAUGGAUCCAGAGUUAUGCUACAAUCGUACACAACAGCAGGUCCUCCAGGCCGCACUGCAUAGUCAGUGUUAACUAUGUUCUGACGGAAACAGAAUAUAAGGGACUACAGCUAUCAUUAGACCAAGUGACAUCAAACAAGCCAUCAUUUUCUUACGCAAACUCUACACCCACAAUCACGGACAGCAGGAAACCAAGCAAAUCCCGUGUGGCCCGAACUAAGUCAAAAGCCAGAGCUUCUCCAUACCCACAGUAUUCUGGAUUUCACACUGAAAGGUCAGAGUCUGACCAUGAGAGCCAGUGGGGUGGGAGUCCGUUGACUGAUUCUGCCUCCCCCCAACUGUUGGAUCACGGAGAGGGACCACACUCCCAACACCCUGACGUCUCCUGUGCCUACAGACAGUAUUCGGACCGCAGCUCUCUGUGUUACGGUUUUACCCUCGACCAUGCUGCCAGACUGAGUGAAGAAAGGCACUCCCAUUACCACAGCCAGGCCUGUGAUGGGGGCAGGUGUGAGGCUGGCAGGUACUUUCUGGGCACUCCUCAGCCCGCCAGGGAGAGCUGGUGGAGUACCUCUCGUUCCCUGCUGACUGUCCCCAAAUCCUCACCAGAAAACAGGGAAGGAUUUGACAACUGCAUGCCACACAUUGCUUCAGUUCACAGUGUCCAUGUGAGAGGCCACUGGGAUGAAGACAGUGUUGUCAGCUCUCCAGACCCUGGAUCAGCCAGUGACUCGGGAGAUCGAUACCGCAGUGACCACUUUCAGAGCAGCCCUCACGAGCCCAGCAAGAUAGAAACACUCAUCAGGGCCACACAGCAGAUGAUUAAGGAGGAAGAGAGCCGAUUGCAGCUUAGGAAGGCCAAUCAGGAUCACCUGGCACCACUGAAUGGCGUGGCAAAGACCCACUCAUCGUGUUUCGGCACAGACUUCCCACAGACUCAGCCACAGGGGGUAGUGUGCCGAGGUCCUGCGGUCACCAGCUCUGCUCUGUGUGACCACCUUCAGCACAGGGACAGGAAGAUGAUAAGUCCCCAUGACAAUGAGCAGGACAACAGCCCCACGUCGCUGUCACGAAUAAGUAGCCCAAGUUCGGACAGAAUUUCCAAAUCCGGUUUAUCCUUAACCAAGGAUUACUUGCAGUCAGACCUUUCUCCUCACCAAACUCACGGAAACCAUUGCACGUCCUCCCCUUCCUAUUAUUCUUCCCACCACCGUCAGUACUUUGACAAGCAUGCAUACUCCCUGACUGGCUAUGCACUGGAGCACCUUUACGAUGCCGAAACCCUCCGAAACUAUUCUUUGGGUUGCAAUGGCUCCCACUAUGACGUGACUUCGCAUUUACGAAUGCAGCAGGAUCCAGCGCAGGGACACAAAGGGACAUCUGUCAUAAUCACAAAUGGAAGCUGACAUUUGUAAAAGUUGUGGUGCUGAGAGCUGCCCAAAUAUUUAAAGCACUCAUUUCACUAGAGUUAGUGUUUGGUCUGCCUGAGAUGCACUAGAAUUGUAAGGCUUAAAGGAUUGCUAUGUGAUGAUCUAAAGCAGAAACAUUUAAAUGAACUACAAGGCGUUACGAGUUUCUUUAGAAGGUCUUGUUAUCCGUUAGUGAAUUUUUAAGGAACAGCCAAGUUAAUCAUAAACUGGAUUGUGACCUUAUGCCUCCCUGCAUUGGCACACACAUUUUGACUACAUUUGCAUAGAUUUUAAAGAUCUGAAGGAUGUAUGGCAAACAGAGAUAUAUAUCUUUUACGAUAAGGAUGGAAUGAUUUUAGUUUGAAAACGUUUGAUCAGUCAGACUAAAUUAAAAAAAGGUAUUACUAUGUUAUCUUAAGGCAAGGGAGUCGAAUAAUUCUACCAUUUUCAUUUGGGUUGAAGGUGGAUUUUAAUGUGGCACAGCUUUAAAUUGCAGGAGUGAAUUCAGCAGGACAGCUAACAUGAAAGAUAUUCUGUAUUUUCUUAACUAAUUCCCAUUAGUCAAAAAUGAUUUGAUGCUCAUAAUGUGAACGUCGACACAGAGCCAUAAUUCCGUAGUAAAAAUAAUGGAACAAGAAUUUUGUAUUGUGUUGAGAAGGUGAGAUGUUUCACAUGGAGUGAAAAAUAAAUUAGAAAUGAGUUUGAGAAGGCUGGUCUCAGCAUACCUAAAAAAGUGAUCUAUUGCUCAAGUUUACGACCUCACUCAAGAAGUUCUUUUCUUAGUAGUUGGUUAAUCCAGGAGAUUUGGCAGUUUGCCUUGCCUUGUAAGGUCAGCAGUAGCCUUAUAGUAUAUUAAAAUGUAGAUAUAAUUUGUACAUUUUCUGAUUUCUCCUAAUGUAUUUAAAAAGACUUUUUGGUUGGGCUACCUAUGUUUCUUUGAACUUGUACAAUGUUUCUUGACUAGAUUUAUUUAUGAUGUAAAUAUGCUCUCAAAAUGACAUUUGAGCUACAGGUGCAUAAAUGUAUUUAUUAUGUGAAUGAAGAAAAUGUUUUCUUUUGGUUUUGAAAUAUAGUUGCAAUCAAACAGAUCACUGGCUGCAUGUGUUUUUUGACAGUUCUUCCAAGAAUGGAAUCCUGGGCUUUGUGCUGCCUUCUCCAGGUUUAUCAAGAGCAAAGACAGAGGGCAAACAAGGUACCUAAAAUACAACUGUGGUUAAUUUUUCAAGAAGCUUUCUUUAAAGUCAGAAUAAACAUAAAAUAGAACUAACGCCUUUUUAAAAUAGAUCUCCACAAUUGGAUUUUGUAAAAGAGAGACAUAGAGCACCGCUGGCUAAUCUGCUGGUUUU